ACCGCGCCCGUCUCACGCCCCGCCCAGGUCCUGGACCCACCCCGCGAGGCCGUUCCCGGACUUGGACGCCCGCUUCACGGUCACCGGAAUCCGAGGACAUGGCGAACCAGGUUAUCAAGUGCAAGGCUGCCGUUGCCUGGGAGGCUGGAAAGCCUCUCUCCAUAGAGGAGAUAGAGGUGGCACCCCCAAAGGCUCAUGAAGUUCGAAUUAAGAUCAUUGCCACUGCAGUCUGCCACACUGACGCCUAUACCCUGAGUGGGGCUGAUCCUGAAGGGAGUUUUCCAGUGAUCUUGGGGCAUGAAGGUGCUGGAAUUGUGGAGAGUGUUGGUGAAGGAGUUACUAAGCUGAAGGCAGGUGAUACUGUCAUCCCACUUUACAUUCCACAGUGUGGAGAAUGCAAAUUCUGUCUAAAUCCUAAAACGAACCUUUGCCAGAAGAUAAGAAUCACUCAAGGGAAAGGAUUAAUGCCAGAUGGCACUAGCAGAUUUACCUGUAAAGGAAAGACAAUUUUACAUUACAUGGGAACCAGCACGUUUUCUGAAUACACAGUUGUGGCUGAUAUCUCUGUUGCUAAAAUUGAUCCUUUAGCCCCUUUGGAUAAAGUCUGCCUUCUGGGUUGUGGCAUUUCAACUGGUUAUGGUGCUGCUGUGAACACUGCCAAGGUGGAACCUGGCUCUACUUGUGCCGUCUUUGGCCUGGGAGGAGUUGGAUUGGCAGUUAUCAUGGGCUGUAAGGUGGCUGGUGCAUCCCGGAUCAUUGGUGUGGACAUCAAUAAAGAUAAAUUUGCAAGGGCCAAGGAGUUUGGGGCCUCUGAAUGUGUUAACCCCCAAGACUUCAGUAAACCUAUCCAGGAAGUGCUGAUUGAGAUGACUGAUGGGGGCGUGGACCAUUCCUUUGAGUGUAUCGGUAAUGUGAAGGUCAUGAGAGCAGCGCUGGAAGCCUGCCACAAAGGCUGGGGUGUCAGCGUGGUGGUUGGAGUAGCGGCUUCAGGUGAAGAAAUCGCCACUCGUCCCUUCCAGCUGGUGACGGGCCGCACGUGGAAAGGCACUGCCUUUGGAGGAUGGAAGAGUGUAGAAAGCAUCCCAAAGUUGGUGUCUGAAUAUAUGUCCAAAAAAAUAAAGGUUGAUGAAUUUGUGACUCACAAUCUGCCUUUUGACCAGAUUAAUGAAGCCUUUGAACUGAUGCAUGCAGGGAAGAGCAUCCGAACCAUAGUAAAGUUUUAAAUUUCAAAGAGAAAAAAACUCAGCCAUCCUUCUAAGACUCCUGGUCUCACUGGAGCAGCCAGACAAGCAGGGAGGACCUCUUUCAAGUUCACAGCCUCAUUAGCACAGCCUUACAGCCCUUCAUUAACCCACUCUAGGGAAUAAUGUUUUGUGUAUAAUUCAUAAAUCUCUAAUCAAGGACAAGGCUGUUACUGUCAUAAAUCUGUUUUCUGGACUCUUCUUUACAAAUAAUUGCUAGCUCAUUAAGGAAUACUUUAACAUAAUAAAAGGAAUUUCUGUA